GGAUUGGCAGAGAGGGGUGGAGGCCAAGGGGUGGAGGCCAGUGGAGGGAUUGGCAGAGGGGGGUGGAGGACACUGAGUGGAGGUCAGUGGAGGGAUUGGAGAGAGGGAUGGAGGCCAGUGGAGGGAUGGAGGACACUGAAUGGAGGUCAGUGGAGGGAUUGGCAGAGAGGGGUGGAGGACACUGAGUGGAGGUCAGUGGAGGGAUUGGCAGAGAGGAGUGGAGGACACCGAGUGGAGGUCAGUGGAGGGAUUGGCAGAGAGGGGUGGAGGACACUGAAUGGAGGCCAGUGGAGGGAUUGGCAGAGAGGGGUGGAGGACACCGAGUGGAGGUCAGUGGAGGGAUUGGCAGAGAGGGGUGGAGGUCAGUGGAGGGAUUGGCAGAGAGGGGUGGAGGACACCGAGUGGAGGUCAGUGGAGGGAUUGGCAGAGAAGGGAGGAGGACACCGAGUGGAGGUAUUGGCAGAGAGGGGUGGAGGACACUGAACGG